AGUUCAACAUUAACCCAGAGGGGACAGGACAGUCUCUCUCUCAGAGUCCCAGGAGCCGACACGCCAUGGCGCACGUCCGAGGCCUGCGGCUGCCGGGCUGCCUGGCCCUGGCUGUCCUGUGUGGCCUUGUGCACGGCCAGCAUGUGUUCCUGGCCCCUCAGCAAGCGCAGUCGCUGCUCCGGCGGGUCCGGCGCGCCAACAGCGGCUUCCUGGAGGAGCUGCGCAAGGGCAACCUGGAGCGAGAGUGCGUGGAGGAGCAGUGCAGCUACGAGGAGGCCUUCGAGGCCCUGGAGUCCUCCAGUGACACGGAUGUGUUCUGGGCCAAGUACAUAGCUUGUGAGUCAGUGAGGAAGCCUCGGGAAAAGCUCGUUGCAUGUCUGGAAGGUAACUGUGCCGAGGGUCUGGGUAUGAACUACCGAGGGCACAUGAACUUUACCCGGUCAGGCAUCGAGUGCCAGCUAUGGCGGAGUCGCUACCCACAUGAUCCUGAAAUCAAUUCCACCACCCAUCCCGGGGCCGGCCUGCAGGAGAAUUUCUGCCGCAACCCAGAUGGCAGCCCCACAGGACCCUGGUGCUACACCACAGACCCCACGGUGCGGAGGGAGGAAUGCAGCAUCCCUGUCUGCGGCCAAGAGCGCCUCACUGUAGAGAUGACGCCACGCUCAGGAGGCUCCAGUCCAAAUCUGUCACCUCCAUGGGAGGAGUGCAUCCCUGAUCGGGGCCAGCAGUACCAGGGGCGCCUGGCAGUGACCACACAUGGGUCCCCCUGCGUGGCCUGGGCCAGCGCAGAGGCCAAGGCCCUGAGCAAGGACCAGGACUUCAGCCCGGAGGUGCAGCUGGUGGAGAACUUCUGCCGAAACCCAGACAGAGAUGAGGAGGGCGCGUGGUGCUAUGUGGCUGGGAGGCCUGGCGACUUUGAGUACUGCGACCUCAACUACUGCGAGGAGGCCGUGGACGACGAGGAGGCAGGAGUCAGGCUGGGUGAGGACACGGCCAUCGAAGGGCGCACCACCAACAUGGCAUUCCAGACCUUCUUCGAUGACAGGACCUUUGGCAUCGGGGAGGCAGACUGUGGGCUGCGGCCUCUGUUCGAGAAGAAGUUGGUGAAGGACAAAACAGAACAAGAACUUCUGGAGUCCUACAUCGAGGGGCGCAUCGUGGAGGGCUCGGACGCGGAGGUCGGCAUCGCGCCCUGGCAGGUGAUGCUUUUCCGGAAGAGUCCCCAGGAGCUGUUGUGCGGGGCCAGCCUCAUCAGUGACCGUUGGGUCCUCACAGCUGCCCACUGCCUCCUGUACCCACCCUGGGACAAGAACUUCACCGAGAAUGACCUUCUGGUGCGCAUUGGCAAGCACUCCCGUACCAGGUACGAGCGAAACGUUGAAAAGAUCUCCAUGCUGGAGAAGGUCUACAUCCACCCCAGGUACAACUGGCGGGAGAACCUGGACAGGGACAUCGCCCUGCUGAAGCUCAAGAAGCCCAUCACCUUCAGCGACUACAUUCACCCCGUGUGCCUGCCUGACAAGGAGACAGUAGCCAGCUUGUUCCAGGCUGGAUACAAAGGGCGGGUGACAGGCUGGGGCAACCUGAAGGAGAAGUGGACAAGCAGCAUCGAUGAGGUGCAGCCCUCGGUCCUGCAGGUGGUGAACCUGCCCAUCGUGGAGCGGCCAGUGUGCAAGGCCUCCACCCGCAUCCGCAUCACCGACAACAUGUUCUGUGCUGGUUACAAGCCAGAGGAAGGCAAACGAGGGGAUGCUUGUGAAGGUGACAGUGGGGGACCCUUUGUCAUGAAGAGCCCCUUUAACAACAGAUGGUAUCAAAUAGGCAUUGUCUCAUGGGGUGAAGGCUGUGACCGGGAUGGGAAAUAUGGCUUCUACACACACGUGUUCCGCCUAAAGAAGUGGAUACAGAAGGUCAUUGAUCGGUUUGGAGGUUAGAAGGCCACUCACAUUCUGGUCUCCUCACUGUAAAAUCACAGUAACUAAUCCAGUGGAAGAAUUAUUUUUGUGGUUUGUUUCUAGAACUACAGUUCCCAAUAAAAGUCACACUUUUCUCAAUGA